CCUCCUUGUUGUCCGCAGGUCCAAGUGCCGUGUCGUACAGACUGUUCGGGGCCAUAUUCCCAACUCCAUCAAGGAACCUCCAGUUGUUGAUUGCCUUCACACUCAACUUUCUGUAUGGGGAGAAUAUCGAAACGCAGCAAACGAGGAGCCAUGACACGAGUUUCUGGGCUCAGCAGUUUAGCAUGGUGCUAACAAGUCACUCACCUUAACUCUUCGGCAGAGUACAAACCGAAUGACAUCCCCUCCAAACGCCGCCAUGGCGUUUGUUUUCCAAACAACAUUGUGCGGACACGAAUGAAGACAAGUUCAGAAACUUCUAACGCAUGACGACAGGGCAGCAGACCACAUGUGAGAGAAGUUGAGCCACAUGUAGGACCCUCCUAAUCUCCACAGUAACAGGGGAGGUUAACAAGAAAUAUUUACUACUACUAUCAUACCUUGUUUGUCUGUUUCAAUCAAUACGUGCACUUCAACAUACAAGUUUUAUAAAGCUGUCAUGAUUUUGUUUUUUUUUUUAAGACGCAACGUUAGUUUUGAGGUUAUUUCAGACAAACACCCCCAUUUCAAUUGCCUAUUGGUUUUUUCCUCCCAGAAGCCUUCACUAGAGAAGCAACAUGGCUGCGGCCAGCAGGAAUGUCGGGUUUUAUAUCAACAAAAACUGUCGAUUUUUGUUUAGCAGCAUUGAGCAACUAAAGGGUCGAAGUUUUUGUUGGGCUCCUGUUUUGCAACAACAAGCAACAGAACUUCAGAAAGGGUUGACAGAAAAUAUCAGCUUACCCAGGAAGAAAGAAUGGAACAAAACUGCUGUACUGGAGGCUUUGGCAUCAACUGUCAACAGAGAUCCUACAGCUUAUCAAUAUGAUUUCCAAGAUGAUCCUUACCUCACUCCAAGGACGUCCUCAGAAUAUAAGAUGUUCUUGCUUUCUCAGGAGUCUGGAAGAUCAGCAGCCAAGUAUUUUGUCAACACCAAUCCCAAAUUCUUCACCAAAGACUUUGCUGAACCUCACAUUCCAUGUCUUAUGCCUGAGACGGUAACACUGCGCCUGGAGGACGUGAGUGAAGAAGCUCUGAAGGAGCGGAUCAGUUUGAGGAAAGUCACUGCAGCUGUUGAAAUGUAUGACCAGUUGUUGCAAGCUGGCACAGUUGUAUCAAUGGAGACUGUCUAUGAACUGCUGGAUCUCAUCUCUUUCUACUGUGACAAGGACCCUGUCCAGGAGGGGGCACAAACUGAAGACCCAGAUGAACCUGGUGAAGAGGUCAAGCAGCGCAGUGUCAGAGGUCGUAGGGGAAGGACUUCUAUGAAGCCAGUGUGGAAAGAUAACAACAAUGCAGAGAGAAUCUUCAACCUGCUGCCGGAGAAAGACACACGCUGUUACUCUGCAUUGAUCAGAGGCAUGCAGAAGCAUGGCAACUCUGCUAAGGCUUUUAGCAUGUACACAGACAUGCUGAACAAUAGACUGACUGCGGACGUCCACAUAUUCAAUGCUCUUAUCGCAGCUGUUCCAGACGUCAGAGAUCAAUAUAACGAGAGAUGGGACCUCAUUGUUGAGACGUUGAACCAGAUGAAUCAGCAGAAGGUUCAGCCAAACCUGCUGACUUUCAACACUGUUCUCAAAGCGCUGAGACAAUGUGGACCCCAGGCCAGAAAUUAUUCCCUCAACACGAUCAAUGAGAUGCGAGCAUUGGGAAUAGCUCCCAGUCUUGCCACUUACAACCACAUCCUGGUUGUGUUUUACAAACCAUCUUUCAUCGGGAAGGGCAACCCCUCUGUUCUCCAAGAAUUGUUGUCUUACUUGGAGGGACAAAGAUUCACCUGCCAGGACCCUGAUGAUGUGAUGUUCUUCUGCACGGCCAUGAAGAUUUGUCUAGCCUACAAAGAUGUGGAGCUGGCCUACAAAGUCCACAGUCUGGUGGAGACUUCGGAAAACUGGAGGCUGCUGGGCGAUUCCCAUAAGACAAGUGUUUACUACUUCCGCUUCUUCAGCCUGCUGUGCAUGAUGGAGCAUGUUGAUACUGUGAUGAGGUGGUACCGGCGGCUAGUUCCAUCUAAGUUCUAUCCAAACUCUCAGGGACUGAUGGACCUUUUGCAAGCCCUGGACACAGACGGACGCCUGGACUUGAUCCCCACGAUAUGGAAAGAUAUUCGCUCUCUGGGACACGAUAAUAAACUGGAGCUGGUGGAGGAGCUUCUCACUCUCAUGGCCCGAGAUGAACACCCUCCUGAGGUCCAGGAGUCUUUUGCAGUAUGUGCUCUGGAAGUCAAGGACUCAGUCGGGAGUCUUAGAGGAAGGCCUGUCCUGGAGUGGACCAACACCACCCUGUCAAAUGUCACAACCCUGCUGCUGCGAGCGAACAAGACAGGACAGGCCUGGGAGAUGCUGCAGGUCUUCAAGGAGAAGAACCGAGUUCCCUCUGACAAACUGCUGGAUGACUUCUUGUCCGUGUGCAAGAGGGACUCAGAUGCUCAGAGGGCAGUUGAGCUGGUCCAGCUGUCGUCAGCCUUCUGUUUGCAGGCGACACCCAAACUUGCCAAGAGAGCCCUGACUGAGUUCAACCUGAAGGAGGAGCAAAGGAGCCUUCUGUCAGAGCUGGAUACUACAGAACAGCCUGAGGACUGAUGGAGUCAUUAUUGUACUAUGAUUGAAGAUCUCACACAGUCAUAUACACCUUUGUCUUUAUGAAAUUAUAUAAUAAAUGCG